AUGGCAACGAAGUCGUUCCCAAUUCCGACUGGUGAUAUUGUAUACCAGUUGAAUUGGGAUCAUUUAGUGAAGGUGGACGGAAAUCGCGACGAUCUGGUCGAUAUCGGCUUGGUUAUCCAGUGGUCGGGUAUGAAAGAGUUCUCCAACAACAGCCCGGAUCCGGUAGUUGAGUUUUCGGUCUGCGGCCUCCAAUUCCUUGACAUCUUGACCCAUGAUGGUUAUCAAGGCCUUCCAGAACCGCCAAACAAACCUGCCAAGGCCGGAUCCACCAAUCCUAAACCGCCCCCAGAGGAACAACCCACUCCUCCUGCAGAGGAAGAAAGUAAAAAAAUCACGGUCGAAGAGCUUGGUGAUAUGGCGCACCCUUUGAAUGCUCAGCCUACCGGCCAUCCUGGUCAGCAGGGCUGCGAACAGGCAAACUUCACCACCGCAGGCCUUCGAGGAAAUGCUGUGAUUCCAUGGGCAAUGACAAAAGAUGAGAAGCAUCAAUAUGAUGCCAUCUUCCGUGCCUCGGACGGAAUGAAUAAGGGAUUCAUUGCGGGCCCUCAGGCUGUAGAAAUCUUUGAUCGAAGUGGCCUGGAGAGGCCUGAUCUCGAGCGCAUCUGGACCCUUGCUGAUAACGGCAACAAAGGCCGGCUAGAUCUCGAUGAGUUUGCCGUGGCUAUGCACUUAAUUUACAUGAAACUGAACGGCUACCCCGUCCCCAACACUCUCCCUCCCGAGCUUGUUCUCCCUUCGACCUGA